AUGGAUGAUGACAUCCAGGGACCCGAUCAGAGGUCGGAGAGCACUGGAGCCGAGAGCCAGUGUCAGGAAGCAGCACUGCAUGGAGAGGAGGACAGAGGAAUGCCAUUAGCACUGGACUCCCAUCUGGAUCAGCUUCCCCUCGGAGACACGCUCCAUGACUCGGAGACACAUCCUUACCCGACAGUCACCAAAAACUCUCCGCUGAGCCAUACAUUAAAAAGCCUAGAGCCCGUGCCUGCCGCCUUCCACGUUGCACUCGUGCAGUGGACAGAAAGUGUUGGUCUAACUCUUGUUAACAGAGAUCUGACAUCCAUGCAACUUAAAACCCCCAGUGGACAGAUUUUGACAUUCUUUAUUCUCCAAAUCUUUCCCUUUACUUCUGAAAGCAAACGGAUGGGCAUCAUAGUCAGAGAGGAAUCAUCAGGAGACAUCACAUUCUAUAUGAAAGGUGCUGAUGCUGCCAUGGCUAGUAUUGUACAGUAUAAUGACUGGUUGGAAGAAGAGUGUGGAAACAUGGCGAGAGAAGGACUGAGAACUCUGGUUGUUGCCAAAAAAUCUUUAACCGAGGAACAGUAUCAAGAUUUUGAGAAUCGGUACAACCAAGCCAAGCUAAGUAUACACGACAGAGCACUAAAGGUGGCAGCGGUGGUAGAGAGCUUGGAAAGGGAAAUGGAGUUACUAUGCUUAACUGGUGUGGAGGAUCAGCUACAGGCCGAUGUCCGGCCCACCCUGGAGAUGUUGAGAAAUGCUGGGAUAAAGAUAUGGAUGCUUACUGGAGACAAGCUGGAAACAGCAACAUGUAUAGCAAAGAGUUCUCAUCUAGUAUCACGCAACCAGGACAUUCACAUUUUCAGACCAGUGAGUAGUCGAAGUGAAGCUCACUUAGAACUAAACGCUUUCCGAAGGAAACACGAUUGUGCCUUAGUGAUUGCCGGAGAUUCCCUUGAGGUGUGUUUGAAGUAUUAUGAGCAUGAAUUUGUGGAACUUGCCUGCCAGUGCCCUGCCGUUGUGUGCUGCCGGUGUUCACCCACACAGAAAGCUCAGAUUGUGAAGCUCCUACAGCAGCAUACAGGAAGACGCACCUGUGCCAUAGGUGAUGGAGGUAAUGAUGUGAGCAUGAUCCAAGCAGCUGACUGUGGCAUUGGCAUAGAGGGAAAGGAGGGGAAACAAGCUUCCCUUGCAGCUGAUUUUUCUAUAACCCAGUUUAAACACAUUGGAAGAUUACUAAUGGUGCAUGGUCGAAACAGCUAUAAAAGAUCAGCAGCACUGGGUCAAUUUGUCAUCCACAGAGGCCUUGUUAUCUCCACUAUGCAGGCUGUGUUUUCCUCAGUCUUCUAUUUCGCAUCUGUUCCUUUGUACCAGGGAUUCCUAAUGGUAGGGUAUGCAACCAUCUACACAAUGUUUCCGGUUUUUUCAUUAGUACUGGAUCAAGAUGUGAAGCCUGAAAUGGCUCUGCUGUACCCAGAGCUUUAUAAAGACCUCACAAAGGGAAGAUCUUUGUCUUUUAAAACCUUCCUCAUCUGGGUUUUAAUCAGCAUAUACCAAGGUGGCAUAUUAAUGUACGGAGCUCUCCUGCUCUUCGAGUCUGAGUUUGUCCAUGUGGUUGCCAUCUCCUUCACUGCCUUGAUUUUGACAGAAUUGCUAAUGGUUGCAUUAACUAUAAGGACAUGGCACUGGCUAAUGGUUGUGGCUGAGUUUUUCAGCCUUGGCUGCUACAUGGCUUCACUUGCUUUUCUUAAUGAGUAUUUUGGUCUUGGUAGAGUUUCAUUGGGAGCUUUCUUAGAUGUUGCUUUUAUUACAACACUAGCCUUCCUGUGGAAAGUGUCGGCCAUCACCGUUGUCAGCUGUCUUCCCCUCUAUAUUUUGAAGUACUUGAAGCGCAAAUUCUCUCCUCCAAGUUACUCCAAGCUUUCGUCCUAGCUCAGGACCUAUGGCACUGCAGGUAUAAGAUGCCUCACGUUGCCUCGCUGCGUUCUAGUGACUUCAGCCAUAUGAAUGAAAUAGCGACAGGGGGCCAAAGAGGAGAAGAGCACAAGUCGAAGGCUUUUAUACAAUACCGAAUGAGAGGACGGCGUUAUAACUGAUACAAGUCAGUAAGAAAGAGAAUGUCCGACCUGCUUUAUAUUCUACCAUUGUUUUACUAAGCAUGGGACCCUGACAUUUUUGGUCACUAUUUUGUUUUUAUCCCAUAAUCCUUUAUUCAUCCUUAUAAUUUCCUUGUCUGCUGCUAAUUUAUUUCUGAUCAUGCACUAGAGGCCGUGUAUAUACAAUGUAAUAGAAUCACUAUGAAGAGAGCUAUUACUCCUAUGUUACAUCAUGCGUCACACAGGAAACCCUGAUUUACUACGCUUGAAAGGGUUUCUUAAUAGAUACAGCCUUUCCUUCAUAUACCGUAAUAUGCAGCAUAGUAUAGGAAGCCGUGGAAUGGAGGUACUUUAUUAUGUAUCUCAGAUGUCUUAUUUGAUAGGCUGUGGUCUGAGGAGUACAGUGUUAGAACAGUGCCCUUAACCCGGCCCCAUUGUUCCCAUAUAAAAUCAGUUUGAAUUGUUGAAAAGGUUUGGUAGGAUUUUUCUAAACAAGACUCCAAUACCAGAACACGGCUCUAGCUUCUUGACCUAUACUAUGACAAACUGAAAUCCUUUGGAGCUAUUCUGUAUGUUAAACAUUGUCAUGCACUACAUGGCAGACUGGUAGUGCUACAGACUAUACCAAUCUGUUAUACACCCCAGGUAGCCAGGUAAUCUAUCCAGAUGGAACUCCUUACAGUUAUCUCUGGUAUUACUAAAGCAGGCCUUCCACCAAAUUUCCUUCCACAAAUCUACAGUUUUAGGGGACCAUCUUUGUAUUGUUAUAUACAUUUCUGCUAAAUAUGUUGGUAGAUGACAUCAUUUCUAGUGGCAACUGAGAAAUCUUAAAAGGGUUUUUUGAGUCUGCUUGCCUGCCCCUCUAUUACCGUCUGUAAGGUUGUGCUGUGAUUACUCACAGUCUUCAUACACAGCAGAAAUCUGCUACUGACACAUUGUAGUGCUGUUCCACUACUCAUUGGAGACUGCAUCUGCUGCCCAGCAUGUAAAACACAAUCCCUCCUGAGAUAGGGGUGGAUGGCUGAGUGAAGAAAAGAGGCAUGUGACAUCCUUUUCUUCAGGGAGGGAGAGCGGGGCGAUAAUCACAUGUUCAGAUUGUCACAAAAGCAGCAUGUGGGACUGGCUCAGAGAGGCAUCCUAGCUACAUGGGACUUAGUGACUAAUCUUUCUUCAUGUAUUUUAUUGAAAAGAUCAGAAAACCUCAUUAACUUAGAUCAUUAAAGGGGUUUUUAACUAAUUCUCAGUCAUCUUAUGAGCUUCACCCUGUCAGCGUUUUGCCGUAUAAAUUAAACAUCUCUGUUCUUACAGUCAAGACUAAGGGCAUGGUUAGAAGGACUUUUAGCCCAUACUCCAGAGCACUGUUUGGACAGGAAGUGUAUUAGGAAGUGUUAACAUAUUUUUCCCCCAGUUGAGGGCAAUUUUACUUUUGGUUAUAAUUUCUUGAAAUUGAAAGUUUUUCUCUCCUGAUAUGCAAAUAGAUAGGAUCAUGGACAUUCUUGAGCUGAUACCGCUGCCGAUUUUUGUAAUGAAGGGACCAUGACCUUUGAAGUAACUGAGAGAUCUCCGUAUCUCUGUGUUAGGUAGAUUGCACUCCCAUUUAAAGCAUUGUGACUCUGUAGCCCCUUUAUUACAGUAAUCAGCGGGGCAAUAGCUAUAGGUACUGGUUUAAUACCCACUCAGUUUUCUGUUAAGCAGACCACUAGAAAAUGUGAUUGACACAGUGCACUUCCCGACACCAUACAUAGCCCAUACAUUAUACACACAAACAUACACCAUCUGACUAUACAUGCAUACUCACUGUAUGUAUAGUUAGACUGGCAGAAGUCAAAAUGACCCCUAUGUUGUGUCCCAAACAGUAUCAGGGAACAGUUCCUUGCAGAAGUUCCAAACAAUUAAAGUUGAGUUAGUUCUUAGUACUUCUUCCACCCUUGAUAACAUUCAUCUGCCCAUUGGUGAGUAUGCACUAAUAGGUUUUCUAUAGAGAUUGUCAGGAUUAUGAUGACAUAACAUAAUACAAUAUCCACAGUCCAGAGCUGUACAUUCCUCAUCAUACAUUGGGUUUGUCAUGAUGUUAACUUACUCUCCUUGUAAUUUGCUUACUUUGGUUACUCAGGUAAAGAAAUAAUGUAAUGUUCUAUUUAUUAUUGUUAGGUUGGAGGACUCCUUUAUCUUCCGUUGGUUAUUGCUUAUUUCUAUCUUGAAUUUCUGUACUGUUCUGUAUUAUGGCAGGGUAUCAGACCACAAUGAGCUGUGGCACUUGUACACAUAAGACCAUCUCAUCUUUUCAUUGUGCUAAAUUCUUAGAUUUGGCAUUCUGAUUAGAGAUGAGCGAAUCGAAUGCCACGAAGUAGAAUUCGAUCCGAAUUUCAGGAUAAAUUCGAUUCGCCUCGAAGCUGAAUUUCCUAGUGCCUCGUGUCAGCGAAUUGAUCUAACCUGAAGUAGUGUAAAAAACAAAAAGAAUUCUAACUUACCUCCUCCAUUUGCUCGCGACGGGCCGCCAGCCCCCAUCUUGGUUUAAGAUCUCGGCCGAAAACCCGCUCCAGAUCUUCAAGCAAGAUGGCGGC